AUGUUGACCGGAGACCCGGGGCACGGAAGACGCGGCGCGAUCUUCAAGCGGGCCCGCUCCGAGCCCACCAUCCAGCGGCCAGCCAAACAAACACCACGAGGCUCGGCCAUGUUUGUUAUGACCCCUUUCACUCAACUUCCACUCCCCUCGGUCCUCAUCGGCUCUUCAAUCCACUCAUCGCCAUCCGCCUUCACCCUCAUCAAUCUUCCAGUCCAUCCCGGGUUCGCUGCGACUUGCCCCGCGUCUCACCGCCAGCCGCCCACCACCGUCCCGUCUACCGAGUCUCAGUCCUCCGGCAUGCGUACUGUCAGGCGGCCCCUCCAUUCGCGCGUCUGCUUGGCCGCCAUCCUUCUCACACUCUCAGGACCACAUCCCUCCCUCUCCGAGCCUCACCGGCAGCAAGUUCUGGGCCCACCGGUAGACCAUCGCGAGCCCCCGCCCGAUUCUUCCCCCGAGCAAAAAGAUCCUAGCCCCAAUCCCGUUGAUGAGCUUGUUCGGGCCGGUCUCUCAACCCAUCAUCUACCCGAUACUCCAUCGAUAUUCAGCCCCUCCCCUCUAUCUCAAUCAAUCGAACGACUACCCCCUGCUAACUUAGGCAAUCUCACCGAUCCGUUCGUGGGCCGGCAGGCCAAGUCGGCUCCACCCGCUUCGAGUUUGGCCCUCUUCGCACCCCUCCCCAGCCCGCAUCCUUCCACUCCACAACAAGUAUUUCAACAAAUUGAACUCGUGCCGAUCGAAGAUACCAAGAACCUCUCAACACAUUCAUAUUCAAAUACAACUUCCUCCCUGCAUCACAAACGUUCAUUUGUACGCCAUCGACGAGAUUCUAAUGGGCCCACCCAGACUUGGCCCGGGACUGAUACAGUCUUUGCUACGAAGACAGUAUUUAUCAGUCAAGCCUCGCCAGCCACAACAGUCUAUGUGAGCAACGGACAAAUCAUCACAACUUACAUACCUGCCUCGUCAUCACCAACGCCCUAUGUGAACAAUCCAAACAAUCCGUAUCCUGGGAUUUGGGUUACCCCCAGUGGAAACCCCAACAUUGUCAUUGCAACGGUGACAGCCAUGAGCUCAGCGCGCAAAUUUGUGUGGGAUGAAUACUAUACAAACAACGCCAGUUGGUGGGCGAUGAUGGCUCUGAUCAAUUUGUUCAUCUGUUUCUUCACCUUCCUCGGCUUCGGAUUCGUCAGCUUCGGCUUAUAA